UAUUAUCACUUAAAAAAUAUGAGCUAGAGGUGCUAAUACGACGAAAUGUUUUUCAAAUUUUCUUCGAUCAUUUUUUAAGUUUAUGCCUCAUACGAUCACAGUGGGAUUUGAAUUGGCUGUAAAAUUGUGUAAUCAUUAAAAUCGCAAUUUAUUAAUACUCAUAUCAAUAUUUAUUUAUACGAGUAUACAAUAUAUUUUCCAUUGAAAUUUCGCUUUUAGUUUUGAGUUCAAAAUUCUGCGUAAAUACAACAGAUCGUUGACCCAAUUUCUACAUAUUUUAUUAAUAAAUACUUGGAAAUAUAAUUGCGCAUAGUUAUUACAUAAUUGCGUUCUUAGAAUGCGCUUCAACUAUUGCAGAUUUGCACAAAUGAGAUCAAGUUAAUUAAUAAAUAUUGCAUUUAAUGCAAAUUUCUUAUCAGCAACGACCUUUUCGGCAUAAAUAGUUGACUUAGACAUAUUUUUACUAGUGUGAACAUAUAAAUAUGAACUCGUACUGUAUGUGCAUUUUCGUACUAUAAAUUUUAGUUGUUUAUUGUCAUGAUUGUUUUGGAUUUUCCACUGACGUUACGCAGCAGUGAGGUGAUAAUUGCACACAUGUCUUAACUCAAUAAGUUUUCCUUUUGCUCCGCCGAUCUUAUGCAGUAGCGUCAUUUGAGCGCCAUGUGUUAAUAUGUAUGUAUAUCUGUUCGUAUUUCGUUGCUGUAGUACAUUGCACCGCUUCGGAACGUUUACCGCAAUUGAAUAACCCUACGAAAAUUCCCCGAUCGCUCUGAAUUCAUGUGUUUUCAAUAAUGAAAACCGUUGCUCAUCGGUGUUUGUAUAUAAAGGGCUGGCGCUACAUAAAACGUCGUAUCACUUGCAAUAUUAACAAGUGAAAAUGAAGCUCCAAUUGCUGUUAGUUGUUUUAUUCGCUAUGUUGGCUUUGGUUAAGGGUGUACCAGUGCCAGGAGGCGGUGGCGGUGGCGGCGGCGGUGGAGGUGGUCGAGGCUGCAAUUGUGAACGUGGAGGCGGUGGUGGAGGAGGCGGUGGCGGCGGUGGUGGUUGGGGUAAUGGCUCUGGCGGUCCAGGUGGCGCUGGUGCUCCAGAUUGCGUAAGGCCUUCUUGGAUGCCUCCGUGUCCGCCAUAAAUUCAACGUUCGUAAAUCUUAAUCCAAAGAGAAUAAUAUAGCACUGUUAUACCUUCGAAUCAGUCUUAAUUAUACACACAUUGAGCAAAAGAUCCUUCCACUUGUGUACAAAAGUAUGCAUUUAAAAAUGUAAACCAAAAAGCUUUAAUUUUAUUUAAAAAUAAAUUAGAAUGUAGAUUAUAA